UCUCCCUCGUGUCGCCGGCGUUGUCAGGUGCCCGAAAGCCACCGGUGUCGUUGCACGGCUCAGGCGGGUGUUGGAGGAGCCUGUCUGCAGCAUCAGGUGUCCUUAGCGCAGUAUAGGUACAAUGCCUCUCGUUAAAGGAAGGAGUCGUGUGUUUGUUUCAUCAGUGUAGCACUAGCAAACCCAUAAAUUGGCCGACUAACUCCUUAUUUGCUGCGCUUGUGGACUGAAAAGUAGUGUUUGUACCUUCUUCUAGCGUUGAAGAGGUUUUUAAGACUGAUGUGAUGCUGAUCACUGGAAAGAUGUUGAUUAGAUAGUAAAAAAUUUUUAUCUAAUAUCUUUUUGUUCUUCCAUCUCUUAACCAACUGUAAUUAGUGAGGGGAUUUGAAGUACUGGAAGGGUAGCUGCAGUGGUUGGAUUGGAGGCAUCCAUGUUGCAGGGAUAAAUGAGAUAGACUUGGAAUGGUUUCAGUUGAUGCUGGCAGAGUUGGAAUUUCUUUUUGACUUGAUCAGCAGGGCUUAAAUCUGGUAUACAAAACAGAUUGGCUUCAAGUGACAAGGAGUUGCUGUGAGGGAAUAUAAGCAAUAGAAAAUUGGAGGCUGCCUUCUUCUUGCAUUUUUACGGAUCUCAAGCAAUAUUUAUAGAAUCAUAGAAUACUGAAAGUUGAAGGGACCUCUGAAGGCCAUCUUGUCCAACUUCUGCAAUGAACAGGGACAUCCAAAUCUAGAUCAGGUUGCCUAAUUGUUAAAUUAUUGAUUAAAAAUCAGGAAAGUGACUUCUGGUGGCACUGCAGAGCCACGUACUGUUGUGUUUUUGCUUCAUCGUGGAUCAGCAGCAAACCUGUCAGAACAGUUGUGGAGCCAUGCACUGGUCAGCUGUGGACAGAAAUACGUAAUGGUCAGGGGAGUUUGGUUCAGCAGGAGUCAAACAGGAGACCAGCAUGAAAUCCCAGGGUACUUCUGUAGGCUUGACACAUCCUUAGGUUUCUAAGGUUCCCGUUCUGUAAGCGAAGUUGUGUGUAUUUCUUCAUAUGGUAUUUAAAUGCAAUGACUGUUACCAAAAUAGCUGCUGUAUAAUUAGAAGGCAGUAAUAGACUUUAAAAUCUGUAUUUGCAGUUCACUUCUGUCAUGCUGUGUGCAUGUGAAGCCUGGGUUAGAGAAAUAUACAUUCUGGGAAGCAAAUGAUUAGCAUAAAUUUAGUACGCUUUUGGAAGUUCAAGCCAGAGCAUAGGGAGAGUUGGCAGUACUGUGACCAAAGCUCUCCCUGGUAGCUGAACAGCAGAAAACUGGCAAGUCAGGCUUCCUUUCUGUCAGUGGGAGACAUGGGACAGGUCAGUGGAAAAACUUUGAUCAGUACAGAUCAAGACGAUAAACACUGGUUUGUAAGGGAUGAAGAAGAUACUGUGCUAGAGAGCCUCUGGAGUGAUAAAAUGUGUUAUUUUAACUUAUUUUCAGUGCUUUACAUAUUCUGUGUCAGAGAGGCAGGGUCUGUUCCCGGUUGCCUUAGAAGAGAAGAGCGUUGCUUGCUUCCUUACAACACAGAGAAUGGAGUGUAUUCCUCUGUUUCCAGAUGCUUCUCAACUGAUGAUCAGAAUUCUGUGGCAGAACCUGUGGAAAGCGUGGAGGAAGGGUGAUAGAACUAGUGCUUAAAGAAUAAGAAUGCUUAGGACUGCUGGGAGCCUUGUAUAAGAUGAUUUGUUGUGAUCCUUUCUAGGAAGAAGUUGAAACUUCAUAAAAGAUGAGAGGAAGGAAGUAGAUGGCCAUUAGCUCUCCACUUCCCACAAAAGAGUGUAAUUCCUUUUUUUCCCCUGUGGAAUUGCUUUUUGUCAAGUAUGAUGUUGUAAGAGUCUUCCUGAGAAUUAAACAUAAUGGAUAAGAUUUAGGAAGUGUGUCCACAGAUAUUGUAAUUGGAUAUGUAAAUGGAGAUAAGGAGUAUAAUGUCAGAGUAAUCUUUCUCCAGGGGAGUGAAAACAUAGGAGGAAAACUUAGGUGUAGGAAGAAGUACUAAUAUUUUUCUUGGAUACUUGGGUUUUGAUCUAGCUUUGGAUUAUUGUACGUGGCUCUGUUCUGUUGAUGAAAGAAAACACAGCUGGUGUACUCCUUCAACUGACUAGCUUUAAUUUAUAAUCUUUAAAACUUACUAGGGUAGAUGGGCUGUUGGUAGCAGACACAUUUUCUACCACUCUUAUCAGAUAAGCCAGAAAAUCGUUGUGUAGACUCCUGUGGCUAUUUGUAGAUACCCACAAUGUGUAUAUAUAUAUUCACAAGUGUAAUAAAAUUGUGUGUGAAAAGGGGGAGAAGAAACAUCCUGCUAGAAACAACCCGCUGCUGGCUUCUGCUUGUCUGAGAAAAAUCUGCUGUUUAUGACUUCUUGCAUUUUCUCAUCUAAAACGUAUUUUUAAAACCUGUCUGUUAUCUCAGUUGUUUUGGAAUCUUUCUGUUAGAUAUAUUAUCUCUUCAGCCUUACGGAGAGACUGCAUUUUCUUCCUGUCACAUCUGGCUCUGUCAGCUGGAAUCUCAGGAUCUGUAGGAAGAGAAAUCUCCAUAAAAUACUUGAGGAGUGUGGCACAACUGUAGCAUGCUGUAUGCUAACUGUUGCCUUAACUUCUAUGUGAAACUGUGUUUUCUGUCUGGAUAUUUUUUUCCACUUCCCUCCUGCUAUUUGAGUGGGUGUAAAAGCUACCAACCAUAUCUAUGCUGAACUUCAAAGUAUGGUAUAGCUUACUUUGUUCUAGCUCAACACCCUGUGUAUAAACAAGCGCCUCUUCCUCUUCUUUUCCAAGACCUGCUAAAUCUGUGUACUUCAUAUUCAAUUCCAGUCCGAAGCUCCAGGCUGCCACUGUUGUCUGAUGCCAUGCCAGCACCAACUCAUCUGUUUCCAUUGAUUCGUAACUGUGAGAUUAGCAGAAUAUGCAGUACUAUGUGUUACUGCCACCAUAAACAUCUGUGUUGUUUCUCGUCUCAUUUUGCUCAUGGUCACUUCAGAUAUGCACCUCAGAAGAAAUUUGCAGCACUCUAUAGGCCAAAGGAGAACUUCUAUCAGUUUAUUCACGCGAGGGAUUAUGCUUCUACACCACAGAGGUUUUACCUCACUCCUCCACAGGUCAACAGCAUUCUGAAGGCAAAUGAAUACAGUUUUAAAGUUCCAGAAUUUGAUGGUAAAAAUGUAAGUUCUGUCCUUGGCUUUGAUAGCAACCAGUUGCCUGCCAAUGCUCCAAUAGAAGACCGGAGGAGUGCUGCCACUUGCUUACAGACAAGAGGGAUGCUUCUGGGUGUGUUUGAUGGCCACGCAGGUUGUGCUUGUGCUCAAGCUGUCAGUGAAAGACUGUUUUACUACAUUGCUGUCUCCUUGUUACCUCAUGAGACUUUACUUGAAAUAGAAAAUGCUGUGGAAAGUGGUAGAGCUCUCUUACCCAUUUUACAGUGGCACAAGCAUCCCAAUGAUUACUUUAGCAAAGAAGCUUCCAAGCUUUAUUUCAACAGUCUAAGAACUUACUGGCAGGAGCUCAUUGAUCUCAAUAGCGGAGAGACUACUGAUGUGAAAGAAGCUUUAAUUAAUGCUUUUAAGAGGCUUGACAAUGAUAUUUCUCUGGAAGCUCAAGUGGGAGACCCAAAUUCUUUUCUCAACUACCUAGUACUAAGAGUAGCAUUUUCUGGUGCAACAGCCUGCGUAGCCCAUGUAGAUGGUGUUGACUUGCACGUGGCAAACACAGGAGACAGUAGGGCAAUGCUUGGGGUUCAGGAAGAAGAUGGAUCUUGGUCUGCGGUUAAUCUCUCCUAUGACCACAAUGCACAAAAUGAACGUGAAGUGGAACGUGUGAAAACAGAGCAUCCGAAGUCUGAAGAAAAAAGUCUUGUGAAACAAGAUCGUCUCUUAGGCCUUCUGAUGCCUUUCAGAGCUUUUGGUGAUGUGAAGUUUAAGUGGAGUAUUGAACUGCAGAAGAGAGUAGUCGAAUCGGGCCCAGAUCAGCUAAAUGACAAUGAAUAUACAAAGUUUAUCCCUCCAAAUUAUCACACUCCCCCAUACCUCACAGCUGAGCCAGAAGUCAUACAUCACAAAUUAAGGCCACAGGAUAAGUUUCUGGUUUUGGCCACGGAUGGGCUGUGGGAGACUAUGCACAGGCAAGACGUGGCUAGAAUCGUUGGGGAGUAUCUCACUGGUGUUCACCAUCAACAGCCAAUAGCUGUUGGUGGUUAUAAGGUAACUCUGGGACAGAUGCAUGGUCUCUUAACAGAAAGAAGAGCAAAGAUCUCUUCAGUAUUUGAAGAUCAGAAUGCAGCGACUCACCUGAUACGCCACGCAGUGGGCAAUAACGAGUUUGGCACUGUGGAUCAUGAGCGACUGUCCAAGAUGCUUAGUCUUCCAGAAGAGUUGGCUCGAAUGUAUAGAGAUGACAUUACAAUUAUUGUGGUGCAGUUCAACUCGCAUGUUAUAGGCGCAUAUCAAAAUGGGGAACUGUGAAUUUUAACGUAGUGAACUAGUUACCAAAGCUGUAACAAUGGCCAGUAUGAGCAGCAGAUGGGAUAAAAAGACAAAUUCAAUAAGCAAACAAAUGUCUUGCUGGCUAGAUUUAACAUAUCUAUUGUUUCUGCCUUCCCCCAGAGCUCUAAAUACAAGAGAAGUGCUAUUGACCUAAUAUAAACUUGAAGAGGAUGUCUGGGAAAAGAGAUUUUUGUAAUAACUUUGCACUAUUGAUUUCAUGAAUGCUGCUAGAAUAAUGUUUUUAAUUUGGCAGAGCUGAAUGAGGGAGGGAAGGAGGAUAAAGGAUUAAAUGUCAAGCAUCUGGUUGUUCAAGAAAAAGCCUGUUAACAUCUGAAAAUAUUCACACUCUUAAAAGAUGAGUAACAAGGAAUAUUUUUGCAAGAAUUCUCCCUGUAAGAAUUCAAAAUAAGUGUUGGUUAUCUGUGAGUAUAUUGUCAGCCAUUUCCUCUGAACAGGAGGAUGACUUUACCAUGUAGGUCUUCAACGUAACAAAUUGUCUGUCUUUCAUAUAGACAAUGUCAUUCACUUAAGAAUAUUUGUCUAAGUGUUGACUUUCAAUGCAGGUCUAAGCCAUAAUCAAUACUUGAGAUUCUGUUAUAGUUUAAUUGUAUCUUAUACACAGUAACUUCUAAAUGUCUGUGCAUCAGUUGCUUCUGGGCUUGUGGAUUCCUGCACAACUUGUAGGGCAAUAAUACAUUACAACAUGCAGUAAAACAUCAAGUGAAGUUGUGGAGUACCUCAGUAUGAAGAAAGCUUCAGGCUCUUUGAAGAGUCAGUGUUGCUGGUCAAGACCAUUGGGUUUCCUAAAGGUCAUGUCCUUUAUGGACUGCAGUCCUAUCUGGUAUUACUUACAUGGGAGGAUAAAUUUUCACCUGAGAAGAUCAGGAAAUCAUUGCUAACCUCAUUGUGGCUUUGUAAUUUGCACUCAUUUUCUCUUUGCCUAUUUCAAAUAGUGACAUAUUGGAUGUCUUGCACUUGAACACAUAUUUGUAAGUAUGUCAGGUUGAAAACUACAGAUUACAAAAUGAAGUAUGGUUUGUAAAUACAAUUUCAGUUGGAAAACUAACUGGCAUGCAUGUAUAUGUUUAAUGGCUUUUUCUAGCAACUUUAUUAGCAGCUUUUUAAUCUCUGGACAGCUGGUGUAUGCAUGUUCUUACAGUCCAGAAUGUGUUAUCACAACAGUCUCUUGAAUGAGUCUCUCUGGCUUGUGGUUGAAUUUGAACUUUAAAGGUAGUGUCCUGGGCUAUAACUUGUGUGCCUAAUGUUGUUGGGCUCAUAACUGUAAAAAGUAGGGGCUGACAACUUAUCUAAUGAUCAUCUUUGCAUCUGUUUUAGGUAUGUUGCAUUGUAUAGCUUACUCUUAAGCUGCCCUUACUUCAAAAACCCAAGUGCUAUCUGAAAUACCAGUCCCUGGUGGCUGAUAGAACACUUGUAACUUGAUUCCUGUGUUCUGGAAAUAUCAAACAAUGAUAGGUCAGCAUAUUUUAUUUCAUGGAGGUGUUUCAGUUAAAAUAACUUCCUAGCCUUCAACACAGCUAAUUUAAAAAAAAAAAAAACCUAGCUUACUUUGAAUAAUGUGGCAUUUUCCACUAAAUAUUGCCAGUUAAAGCUACUGUUACAUAUUGGAUAUUUAGCACUGACAGUGAACCCUUGCUGUAGUAAACAUUGGGCCCUCAAACUUAAAAGUGCUGUGUGUACCUUGUGGCCUGCAGCUUUAAUAUGUUUCUUUACCCAACCGUAAAAAAAUCAACUUUGGAAUAAGGUUAUUGAUAUCUUAAGUUCACAUUCAGGAUGUGAACAACCCUUCUUUAUUUGAAGGGGAAUGGGGAACUCUAAAAUGCUUAGACAAGUACUGGCUCUUGACAUUGCUUCUACACGUUGUGUUUUGGUGACUAUCAUUAGUGAGGUCAAUAGACUUUAUGUUCUUCUAUCAUUCAAAUACAGUAUGUAUCUAAGCUGUUACAGUAUUUAACUUUCCUACUUUUUUUUUUUACUGUUAAAGCUCUAUUACAUGUAUUGAUGUAUUUAACCUAUGAUUCUUGAUAUGGAUCUGGGACAAGUCAUGGCUAGAAGAACUGAAUAUUGGUCCCAUGUAUAAAACUUCUAUUGAGGAAAAGCUGCUUUUUGUAGUAAAGAUGCAUAUGUAUGGGGUCAGACAAUAGUAUUUAUGUAUUGCUUGGAGACUUGCUCAGUAUGUAUGCAGUGAAUAGAAAUAGCAUAACUGCCUGCUGAACAGGUGAUCUGAACAAACAUUUUAAUAGAUUCCAAUAAAAUGAUCAAUUAUGCAGAAAUCCA